CCAUUCAUCGUGCUGCCACCAUCAACGUGAUACGUAGCAGAAGAACGGGCUCGCAAUAGAAACUUUGGGUUGUGACUGCACGAUUCAACAGCAUUUGCCCCUGAAGCCAGGCCUUGAUUACGGUAGACCAUGUCCACGGAUAUAUUCAUUUUCCCUCCACAAACACCAGAUUAUCUACUCUCCUUCCAAUUUUCAUCAUGGUAUCCAACGUUUUCAUCCAUCAGCAUUAAAAGCACCAUCAUCCGUCCCCUGGAUCAAGCAUUCACGGAAUACCUCGACUCAGAUCGCAUUUUCGUACCAGAAGGCUCGGAAAACGUUCCUGCAGAAAGCUCUCUUUCGGAUGACGAUGACGAGGAGGACGACGCUGCCAUCGGGCAACAUUUCUCCUUCCCAGAUCUAGACGAGCGGAUAAGAGAGACGAUCAAAGAAUACGGCGCAGUCUUCCCCAAGCUUAAUUUUUCUUCACCCAAGGAUGCAUCUUGGGUAUUACCCCCAUCCUCGCCUCUCAAAUGCACAUCUCCAUCAGACGUCUACAUCCUGUUAAAAUCCUCGGACUAUGUAUCACACGAUCUGAGUGUCUACACGGUCUUUGAGGGAUGUCAAUUCGAUCUCUUGAAUCCGCCAUCAUAUGAACUCGAGCUUGUCUUGCGGAAAUGGUAUCCUAUAGAUAGGAGCCGCGAGUUCAGGUGUUUCGUCCGCGACAAUCGUCUCAUUGGGAUAUCACAACGUGACACGAAUUUCUACGAUUUCAUGAACGAGCCCGAAACACAACAAAAGAUCGCCGAGACGCUAAAGCGUUUUUGGGAGGAAGAUGUCAAGUCCCAAUGGCAUGGACAACAAGACUACAUCUUUGAUGUGCUGAUGACGCGUGAUCUAUUUCGAGGACACGUCCUAGACUUUAACCCAUAUGCACCCCGAACGGAUCCCCUCCUAUUCACCUACGAAGAACUAUUGGUAAUCUUCAUGCAGGAAUCAUCAAGCACACUUGAUCUCCGUGUCAUUGACUCACCUUCACAUCCCGCUACGAGGCGCAAUGCACCAGCUCACCAACACAACAUGCUGCCAAUCGAAGCCCUCGCGUUGAGUAGCGGUCGGGACAUUGAAGAGUUCUCGGAUCUGUGGAAGGAAAAUAUACAGCAGUCCAUGAAUGAUGACGAUUAAUAGACGUGACGGUCGUUCAUUUCCUUGUCGUUUCAUUAGAACUAGACUUCGACCCAUGUGUACCCCAAACUGAUCCACUCCUAGAGUCCUGUACGAAAAGCUUUACAUCUGGAUCAGGCAAGGCACCAGCUCACCAACACAACAU